AUGACGAACAAUGUAGUUGGAUUGGACUCCCGACCUCAUGAGGCCAAGUAUCACCAAGUGAGUGUCCCCUCGCCUGGUCGAAUGUUGCAAAUGAGCGUCAGGCUACCAUAGGCCCGAGCUCAACUCGAUCGCAACGUAAUACUCAGAUGGCUCAGUACACGUGCACGUUCGAUGCCCGACAUGGAACGGUGCAUUGCCAGCCUUUUGUCCGCACUUUUGUCGAAGCUGCCGGCGGCAAGUUUCAAGAGAUCACAUCGCUCGUCAAUCAGAAAGGGGAGCGGCUGCCGCGGGCCACGAUGGCCGACGGCGAACCCUCGUAG